AACGAUAGUUGUGUUAGAUUAACUAGUCCUUACUAAACAACUAUCAAAUUUAAAGUUUCUUUUAUUAAUCAAAUUCAUCGCAAGUGAAAAACAAAACACAAAUCAAUAAAAACUUAAGCAGCGUCUUACGUUCGCGUUCGCAACGAGAUCGUCCACGGAGGACUACACUUCUAUAUUAUCAAAGGAUUGAUUCACCCCGCGGCGCAUCGCUGCGCUUCGCGUUCGCGUGUUGUUCGCCUACGUUGUACCUGAAAAUAAAAGGAACAUGUGUCUACUACACUAGUGCUCUCAUAUGUUUUGCUCCGUGUUCCUAAGUAAAGAUCGUGGUUCUUUAAUUGGAUUAGAAUUGAGCAAUUGGAUUAGUUGUAUUCUUAUAUUGAUUAGUGCGAGGUAUCAGUUUUACUCUCUAAACGCAUCUAAUUUAUGAAGAAGGGAUGAGACUAACGGCGACUUUAAUCCUGCUGAUGGCCUGGUGCUGCGCCGGCUACAGGAUCCUGGUGGUGUUCCCGCUGCCGGUGGGCAAGAGCCACAGCAUCCUUGGGGAGGGAGUCGUGCGGCAUCUCCUGGCCGCUGGACACGAUGUGACAUACAUCACGGGAGUCCCUUCGAAACUAUCUGCUCCCAAGCUACGGCAGAUUGACGUCUCAGCUAACAAGAAAACUUAUAAACAAGAGGAUUAUUGUGACAUUAGCAAGAUCCUGAGUCAGGAGAGAGAAAUCUUGUUCGACCAGACGAUAGCCCGGCUGCAGCUAAUGAUGAACAACUAUACCGCCACGCAUGAAGACGUGCAGAAGUUGAUGCUAGACCCGAAGGAAGAGUUUGACUUGGUCAUCAUUGAGUGGCUGUUCAAUGAAUUCUUGGUCGGUUUGUCUUCCGUGUUCGACUGCCCUUUCAUCUGGCUGUCCUCGCUGGAGCCCCACGGGCUGGUGUUGUCUCUGAUAGACGAGUGGACGGACCCGUCCUACAUGCCGGAUGUAUUCUCCAAGGCCGUUCCGCCGUUCACGUUCGCACAGAGAAUCAGUGAGCUGUGGACGAUGGCUAGACACAAAUAUAUCAGAUGGCAGUUAAUGUCCGAAGAACAAGUACUAUUUGAGCGGGCGUUCGGCCCCGCGGUCGCCAUGCGAGGCCGGCAGCUGCCUCUACUGGAGGACGUGAAAUACAACGCAUCCAUGAUACUGGGAAACUCGCAUGUGGCUAUCGGGCAAUCCACCAAGCUACCGCCGAGCUAUGUGCCUAUAGCUGGAUACCAUAUUCAGAAUAAAUCUUUACCUGAAGAUUUGCAAAAGAUCAUGGAUGACGCAAAAAAUGGGGUAAUUUAUUUCAGUAUGGGGUCCAUCUUGGAAGCCAAACGCAUGCCAGAGACCCUGAAGCAAGGACUCUUGGCCAUAUUAGGGAGCUUGAGACAAACUGUCAUUUGGAAACUGGAAGAAACCUUGGAAAACGUGCCGGAGAAUGUCCACAUCGUCAACUUUGCUCCGCAGCAGAGCAUCUUAGCUCACCCAAACUGCGUCCUGUUUAUCACUCACGGCGGAAUGCUAUCCACCAACGAAGCCCUUCAUUUCGGCGUUCCCAUCCUCGGCGUGCCCGCCUUCGGAGACCAGUUUCAAAACGUAAAUCGCGCCGUCCAGAAGGGUUUCGCAUCACAAGUUCCACUGAGCUACGAUCUUCCACGAGAUUUGAAAGUGGCAGUUGAAGAGAUGAUUGGAAAUCCCAAGUACCGCGAGAAAGUGAAAGAGUUAUCCUUGAUCUACCACGACCGGCGCGCUCCAGGCUCGGAGUUGGUCCACUGGGCGGAGCACGUGGUGCGCACGCGCGGCGCGCCGCAUCUGCGCUCUCCUGCGCUCCUGGUGCCCUGGUACCAGAAGAUGUACCUCGAUCUGUUCGGUCUUAUAUUUUUACUAGUUUCAUUGAGUGUUUUUGUUAUAAGAAGGUUCGUGUCGAAGAAAAUUGAUGUGAAUAAAAAGAAUAGAUAGUUAA